ACAACCAUGUUCCUACAAAGUUAACCAGAUGUUUAUUUCGUUAUUCCCUCUUUCAUGUCCGUCUGUUGAAUGAAAGUGGGCGUGGCCAUCCACGUAACAGAGCAGGGACACUGGGGGAAGGGGAAACGCUCAUCAACACGCAGGACAAAGACCUGCGUUUCUCUGCUGCUACAGCCUCGGCUGCGUUGGGUUGUUAGUGUCCCUUUCACCUCUACCACAUGAAAUGUGUUCCUGCUAAGUUGAUCUUGAGCUGCUAUCAGAAUCGUUUUUAUUCGCCAGGUUUGAACUGGGCAAACAUUAUUUUUAUUUACAAAAAAAUUAAAACGUUCACAUGUGAUUUGCCCGCUUUGAUGUAGACAAAAUUCUUGAAAGCGUUUUACAUUACAUCCCGUUUAUUUCGUUAUCCCCACUUUCAUAUCUGUCUGAUAAAUAAAAGUGGGCGGGGCCAUCAGUCCCGUAGCAAAGGUAAGCGCUGACUGUGGGGGCUGGGCGCAUCAACAUACAGGACAAAGACCUGUGUCCUCUGCCACAGCCUCCUCUUUCAGCCUGUUGCUUUGGGCCGUUAUUCCCCCACUUACUGGAGCCACAUGUUGACAAAGUUGACCAGCCGGUUUCAUGUAGACACCAAACUCUAUAAAGCAUUUUACUUUACAUUCCGUUUAUUUCGUUAUUAAUAUACAUGUAAUUGCAAAUGCUGCUCUGAGCUCUUUUACUUUGAUGAGUUUUGUGUCUACAUGAAAGCGGGCAGAACAACGUCCAUGCGUGUGUCACGCUGACAGCGGCUGAUGAACCUCUUGGGAAAAUGGCUGUAGCUCUGCAAUGACUUUAUGUGGUACAGGUGAAAGGGAAAAUAACGAAAUAAACGGAAAUAUAAAACAGAAACGCUUUCAAGCGUUUUCUGUUUAAAUUUUUUAUUGCACAUUUGUUAAAACUAGAUGGGUGUACUGUCUUUUUUCCUAAUUCUUAGUGACGUUACAGUGCAAAGCGUAUGGGAUUUUUUUGUAAAUAAAAAUAAUUAAAUAAAUGGAAUAUAAAACGGAAACGUUUCAAGCGUUUUCUGUUUAUAUUUUGUAAAUAAAAAUAAACCCGGUGAAUAAAAACGAUUCUGAUUCUGAAAGCAGCUGGUCAACUUCGUAGGAACACAUUUCAUAUGGUAGAGGUGAAAGGGAGACUAACAACCCAACGCAGCCGAGGCUGCAGCAGCAGAGAAACGCAGAUCUUUGUCCUGCGUGUUAAUGCGUGUUUCCCUUCCCCCAGUGUCACCGCUCUGGGACGUGGAUGGCCACGCCCACUUUCAUUCACCAGACGGACAUGAAAGAGGAAAUAACGAAAUAAACAGCUGGUUAACUUUGUAGGAACAUGGCUGUAGCUCUGCAAUGACUUUAUGUGGUACAGGUGAAAGGAGUAAUAACCAAAUAAACGGAAUAUAAAACGGAAACGCUUUCAAGCGUUUUCUGUUCACCCAAACUAAAUGGGUGUACUGUCAUCUUUUCAGUAAUUUUUAGCAUUUGCAUGUUGUUGUAUAUGAAUAACGAAAUUACGUUUGACAAAACUGUGAAGAGUUCCGUGUCUACAUGAAAGUGGGCAGAACAACGUCCGUCUAUGACUCACUGCCGAAAGCGGCUGGUGAAACAUGGCUGUAGCUCUGCAAUGACUUAUUUUGUGGUACAGGUGAAAGGGGAAAUAACGAAAUAAAUGGAAUAUAAAACCGAAACGCUUUCAAGCGUUUUUUUGGUUUAUAAUAUAUUUUUAAUUGCACAUUUGUUAAAACUAGAUGGGUGAGCGGUGUACUGUCGUCUUUUCUGCAAUUUUUAGUAACGUUACAGUGAAAUAAUGUGUGAACUUUAUUUAGUUUUUUUGUAAAUAAGCAAAGCAGCAAAACUAUUUUAUUGUCUUGUUAAUGUUUUUAUUGCUUCCUUCGGUGAGACCGCAACAAUGACACUCGUCCUUUCACGUUGUAAAUCCAAGCACAUAGCGGUGGAACAUUGUAACAGUGGAUGUCACUCAUAGACUCAUAGGAACCUGAGUAGGAACCCUGCUCUGCCUUGCAGGCAGCAGCAGGGUCAGCAAACCCAUGCAUCCCACCCCACAGAGUGCGUCGGUGAUGGCCCUCUUUACGUAACAAAAGCGGCUCUUAGCAGGGUGCCAGCUGGAGCGUGGCGGACAAGUGAUCACCCAGCAGUAGUUAGGGGUAUAUGUAAAGGUGUACGUCCCUUAGUAGUUCUAGUGUUAAGUCUCAGCUCUGUGGCCGCUGGUCCUUUGGCCUGUGACACUUUGCUGAAGCCAGUGGAAAAAAGUCCAGAUGUAAGUGUCUUUUUACGUUUGUAUCUGUGAAAUGUCUUAUUCUGUAACUACAAACAUACUGACGCUGAUGAAUUACAGUAGCUUGUGCUAAUUUUACUUUGUUUGCAUUCUAAUGAGACAAAAAUCAAGAUGCUGUUGUGUAUGUUGUUACAGGUCUCUGGCAGUUGGUACGUUAUAGCCAUGUCAUCAGAUAACUGCCUGAUUCCAGGGUUAUUCAAUGCGUUCUUUUGGCCAAGUGUUGCACUGGACAUUACAGGUCAGGCCACAGCCAACGUCUAUGAAGCCGUCUUAAAAAUAAAAAUAAAUGACUGUUGCGCUACUGAUCCUCAGCCAUUCUUGUUGAAAAACAACACUAUGUUUGAAGUGGACAGCAACAAUGAACCAACAGGCGAUCCAGAUGUGCUGCUGCACAGUGGAUGUCCCGACUGCCUUGUCGUUAGGAAGGAAGACACUGUUAACCUUCUUCUGCUUAUCAGUCGGAGAAAGAACGUCACUGCUGCUGAGCUGAAGGAGUUUGAGACACAGGCCGAAUGCCUCGCCUGGUACAAACCUCUGAUCCUCAACACAGAACACGGCUACGAAAACUGCAGUACAGUGGACGAUGACACCGCUGAUCCUACAGCAAUGAUGGAUCUGAUCCACCAAAGACUAGCAAACACAUAUGCAGUGCCCUUAAACUGUAUGUCAGAGAAGUUCCUUUACUACCCUCGUGUUGGCUUUGAGUGGGUUCAACAGAAGUGGAGCAGCCUUUGGUGAAUGGUAAAUUUUGUAAAUAUCCCUCAUCCAUCCAACCAUCCAUCUAUCCGUCCGUCCGUCCGUCCAGUACUCUUCUCUAUACUCUACUUUUAGAGUUACUUUAUUUUUUAAAUAAAGUUUUGGUCAUUAUGUAUUCCAUUUAUAGUGCUGUUUUAUUUAGUUCUCUUCAAAGACUGUAUGUGGUUUUCAUAAUGCAUUGACUAUCUAGACUAUAGUCUGGAUAAUUUAAUUGAAAUGGUGAGCAGAGAAGACUGUUUUAGAAGGAUUACGGUGAGGUAGCAGCUAUUUUUAAAAGGUAAGUUAAAAUCAUCAAACACGUUGGUAGACUUUCAGUCUAUGAUCAUGUUUGAACUUAACUGUUCUCUGGCAGGUGCCACAGAGCCAGAACCACAAGAACCACCAGAACCAGCAGACACAGAGUCAGCUUGAACUGUACUGAACUGCUUGCUGAACUGUACCAGUCACACAAUACAAGGACUCAAUUACUCUCUCUCUCUCUCACACACACACACACGCACGCACGCACGCACGCACGCACGCACGCACGCACGCACGCACGCACGCACGCACGCACGCACGCACACACACACACACACACACACACACACACACACACACACACACACGUGUUCAGUGCACCAGGCCGGCUCAUCUGGAGCUCAGGUCUGAAUCCCACAUGGGGAACAGCAAACUAACCUCAACACUGGUCAACUCUGCUCAGAGCUCGGCCAGACAGACAAACAUGAAGGGAGGGGAGGACCCAAAAAAGAACCCGACAAACAUGUUUACUGAACUUAAGUAAGGAUUUUAUGACAAACCGAAAACACAUACAGAAGGACACUUAACUGAAAAUCAGAACAAAGCUCAGAACACAAGGUAAGGCCACUACAGAGAGAUCAACAACAUAUAACUGAAUUAUAAAACAUAGGACAGCACAAAUCUUGUCACGCGUCAUAGAUGUCAUGGUCCUGUGUGAUCAACUGACACUGAACCAUGAGGCAGGGAACCAUACCACAGCACACAGGUCAUCGACAUGAUUACUGAGCAGACAGGGAAAGACAAGACCAACAAAAAGUACAGGAGUGAGCACAGGCGCCUCGCGGAACAAUGAAAACAGCGCCUCUAGUGGCUGGAGGACUGGAUUGUCACACAGUUGAACACAUUAUCUUCUCAUAACAUCCGAUCUCCAGGUUAGAGGAGAGUUCUCGCCCCAAGUGCUCGAGGUCAAGUAUCCUGGGGUCUGAGAGAAGAAAGGAG